CGGGGUCAAGGCCGCCCUUUCCGCUGCCGGGGCUGGGCUGCGUGCGCGGACGCGGCGAUGGGGUCGCCCCGGGUUUGAUGGUUUGACAGGUGCCCGACGCCAGGCAGCUCCUUCCCCAAAAAGCAUGUUCGCUAAAAGCAAAGGUUCGGCGGUGCCCUCGGACGGGCAAGCUCGAGAAAAGUUGGCUUUGUACGUGUACGAAUAUCUGCUUCAUGUCGGGGCACAGAAAUCUGCACAGACCUUCCUCUCAGAGAUACGAUGGGAGAAAAAUAUUACAUUAGGAGAACCUCCUGGGUUUUUACACUCCUGGUGGUGUGUAUUUUGGGACCUUUACUGUGCAGCUCCUGAAAGGCGAGACACUUGUGAACAUUCGAGUGAAGCAAAAGCCUUUCAUGAUUAUAGUGCGGCGGCAGCUCCAAGUCCAGUGCUUGGAAACAUUCCUCCCAGUGAUGGGAUACCAGGAGGCCCCAUUCCUCCAGGCUUUUUUCAGGGACCCCCAGGUUCUCAACCCUCGCCACAUACACAGCCGCCUCCUCACAAUCCUAACAACAUGAUGGGACCCCACAAUCAGCCUUUUAUGUCACCGCGAUACGCAGGAGGUCCAAGGCCCCCCAUCAGAAUGGGAAGCCAGCCCCCAGGUGGUGUUCCCGGUGCACAGCCGUUGCUACCAAACACAUUGGAUCCCACACGGCAGCAAGGACACCCUGGUAUGGGUGGGCCAAUGCAGAGAAUGAAUCCUCCUCCGCGAGGAAUGGGCCCAAUGGGACAGCAGUCUGAUCCUUGGUUAUCGUUGCAGAACUAUGGCGGUUCAAUGAGACCUCCACCCAAUUCAAUAGGUCCAGGCAUGGCUGGAAUGAACAUGGGUCCAGGGGCUGGGCGACCAUGGCCUAAUCCUUCCAACGCUAACUCAAUUCCAUACUCCUCUUCGUCUCCUGGUACAUAUGGGGGUCCCCCUGGUGGCGGAGGUCCUCCAGGAACACCGAUAAUGCCAAGCCCGGCAGAUUCAACGAAUUCCAGUGACAACAUGUACACAAUGAUUAAUCCCGUUCCACCUGGAGGAAGCCGAUCAAAUUUCCCAUUGGGUCCUGGCUCUGAAGGUCCCAUGGGUGGAAUGGGAGGAAUUGAGCCACAUCACAUGAAUGGAUCAUUAGGGUCAGGCGACAUGGACGGAAUCCCCAAGAACUCUCCCAACAACAUGAGCAGCAUUACCAAUCCUCCAGGCACUCCGAGAGAUGACGGUGAAUUAGGAGGCAAUUUUCUUCACUCCUUUCAAAAUGAUAAUUAUUCCCCCAGCAUGACGAUGAGCGUGUGAUUUUUCCCCUUCCCCCUUCUCCAGGACCAGAAUGAUGAGACAGCUGCCCUUUGGAAGAUUAAAGAACGUAUGCAAGAAGCAGUUCAACGUGUUGACGAGGAACUGGGGGCAAAACCCCAAUUUUGAGUUUCACGCAAUAAAAAGGCUGAACUUCUUUAAUUCCAUAAACAUGAAGGACAAAAACAAAAGAUUCAAGACAUAAAACCCUUCUCCUGGAAGGACUGUACGUUACACAUCUCAUCUUUUUGAAGCAAAGAAAAAAAAUUUAAACGCCUCUAGCACCCGAACAGACCUCUUCCGCUUCAUCCUCUGAACCCAUGUAUCUUUGUGCUGAACUGAAUAAGGCGCUAGUCUAGGUAUAAGAUCCGAUGUUGUCCAUAUUGUAGCCAUUUUAACUGGGACAUUUACACAAUGUGGUUUACUUUCGAAGGCCCUUUCUAGGUGGCACAGAUUUUUUUCUUGCUUCUGUGAGCCUUCCCCUCCAGGUGCAAGGUGUUAAUCAGUGGCUUGUUCCAUACCUGUGUAGCUGAACGAUGAUAUGCCAAGUGGGUUCCAGUUUCAGAGGAGCAUAUAUUUUUUUUCCUAACUCCCUCCUUUCUCCAACCAUCCACACACCCACUUUCCCCCUCUCCCUCCCACACACAUACACAUGCGCUUCCCAGUACCCACACGUAUGUGCACACCUCGAAUCUGGAUUGCUUCAUUCCUCUGUUACUUUAUUGACCCAGAGGAAACCUCUGUGCGUGAGACAACUACAGACUUGAUUGAACUAGAUGAAAAUAAAACAGUUGUAGUGGCACUACAAUCGUGCUGGGAUCUCUGUACAAUUACACACUACCUGCAGAUGGUCUUUUGUUUAACCCCAAUUCUAUACAAUGUGUAUCAAGUUAUGUAAAAUAUUAUCUUGCCUGGACAACCCUUGUGCUGAUUCUUGAUAACAUUGUAGCUGUUCUGUGUUUCUUACCCUGUAGUCUGGUUAUAAAAAAGAAAAAAAUUCUACAA